AGGCCGCGCCACAGAUUAAAAACUAAUUUCUUAGGCAUCAAAACUUUUUGUUUCGGCCUUAUUUAUUUUUAACGCUGCGGGUAGACGGCGAAGUACGCAUGCGCCGGCAUUUCACCCUGUCACCUCACAUAACCUCAAAGGGGUUCAAUGGGAACAACAAUUCAUAAACAUUAUUUUGUAUCGUGUAAUUUUUAAAUGGGCACCCGUGUGUGCGUCGGCAUUCCUAUUGGCUGUCUGACAUCGAACCAUUGCCUCAAAUGAUGAACAGUUGAGGAACAGCGGCUCGUGAAGUGAAUCAGUGCCCGUUAUGUUGAGGAAAGAGGAACAUUACAGUGAUAUUACAGUGAUAAAUACUAAGUGUACCGAUGUAUAGUGAUUUAUAAGUGUUUUUAUAUAUUAAAGUGAAGUUUUGUAGUGAGUGUUUAUAAAAAUAUUGCCGCAACAUUUUUAGGUUAUGUUUGGUCGCUUUCACGCCGUCUGUGUACAGUCAGCAGAUUAGCAAAACAAAUUGCCUAAUAUAUUGUUUUUCGAUUUUCGAGUUGAAUUAGUAGUGUAGUAUUUGUGUGACCUACAUUGUACACGUUUGGUGGUCGUGUAGAACACAGCGGCAUCACAAAAGACUGAUACUAGACUAAUCUUCUACUGGACUAGUUAACUGGAAAGAUUAUCAAAUAGCAACAACGAAUCUGGGACCAAAUGGACUGAUACAUUAAUAAAUAGAAGAAACUAACAGUGUCUUAAAAAUAGUGCAUAAGUGUAUAAAGACUUUAGGGGCGAACGAUAAAAAUAAUUAAUAUGACGAAGAAGAAUUUAUCUCAGGCUACUGGGCUACUAAACCCAGCGGAACCUGAGGUCCCAAAGAUAAUUUUGGAUGAGGAGGAGUCGACGAGGAACUCCCUGAUAGGUAGUGUGAUGGAUAACAUCUCCAUCGCUGCCAGAGGGAGGGACUACGACGUGAAGAGGAAACGGUGGCUGAUCCUCGGCAUGUUCGUGAUCUACUCGGCGUCCAACUCCAUGCAGUGGACUCAGUACACGAUCAUCCAGGACAUAAUCAUGAACUAUUACGGAGUGACCGGCAACCAAGUGUCGUGGACUUCCAUCAUUUAUAUGAUCACCUAUGUGCCUCUCAUAUUCCCUGCCAGCUGGUUCCUGGAUAAAACGAACCUCCGAGUGACCACGAUCAUCGGUUCGUUCGGCACGUGUCUGGGCGCAUGGCUGAAGGUGUUCUCCGUGCCGCAGGACAUGUUCUGGCUGGGCUUCACCGGGCAGACCGUGGUGGCGGUCUCCCAGGUCUUCAUACUCAACGUGCCGCCGCGCCUGGCCGCUGUCUGGUUCGGAGCUGAUCAGGUCUCGUCUGCCUGCAGUAUCGGCGUCUUUGGGAAUCAGCUGGGCGUGGCCGUCGGCUUCGUGCUGCCUCCGAUGUUGGUCCGCGCGUCCGGCACCAUCCCCGAGAUAGCAGCCGACCUGCGCCUCAUGUUCUACCUCAUCGCAGGCUUCACCAGCGUCCUGUUCGUCUUCAUUCUCUUGUUCUUCAAGGCCGCUCCCCCGACGCCACCAUCAGCCGCUGCAGACCUCGGCAACAGCCUGGACUCCAACUUCCUGCUGUCCCUGAAGAAGCUGAUCACCAACCGCAACUAUGUGCUGCUCCUCAUCUCAUACGGUCUCAACGUUGGAACCUUCUACGCCAUCUCGACCCUGCUCAACCAAGUCAUACUCACUUAUUAUCCGGGAGCUAACGUAGACGCAGGUCGCAUAGGGCUGGUGAUCGUGGUGGCAGGCAUGGCGGGCUCCGUGGUGUGCGGCCUGGUCCUGGACAAGACGCACCGCUUCAAGGAGACCACGCUCUCCGUGUACGCCGCCUCCGUCGUCGGCAUGCUCAUCUUCACCUUCACGCUCGACUGUGGAUACAUCGCCGUCGUAUACCUCAGCAGCAUUCUGCUCGGGUUCUUCAUGACUGGCUACUUGCCUGUGGGCUUCGAGUUUGCUUCAGAGGUAACCUACCCCGAGCCUGAAGGCACCACGUCCGGAAUACUGAACGCUGUUGUUCAGAUCUUCGGCAUCGUGACCACCCUGCUAUACGAAUGGAUGCUGGGCACAGUUGGUGAUCGCUGGUCGAACCUCACCCUCUGUGGACUGCUGGCUCUGGGCACCGCCAUCACGGCAGCCAUCCGGUCCGACCUGCGGCGACAGGCUGCUCAGAACAACGCCAAGGAGUAAAUCCAUCGACGUAUUCAUAAUGUUAUCUACAUUCCAAAAGUAUUCUCAUUUAAUGCAUUAUUUUAUAAAACCAUUGUAUUGUAUGCAGCCAGCUUUACGUUUUUAAAUAUUAUAAAUUCUCUGUGAGUUAGACUCAAGCUGUGACGUGGCUGGGCUCGGUUUAAGUCAGGCCUAUAAAAUUAUAAUAUUAGCAGCGAUAAACUAUCUCACUAUAAUAAUAUUAUUUAUUACUGAUAAGUUACGUAUUAUACUUAUGUUAGUGGUGCUUAGGCUGUGAAUAUAUCGUUAUCAUCAUGUUGGACUCGUUCUGAGGCGAAUUCUAGAGAGAAAUAUGGAUAAGUGUAUACGGCAAUAAUUUGCAGAGAUUUUUAAUUAAUAUUUUAGUACCUAUUGAAAUUAUUUAUUAUACUGAAAUUCCUUUUAGUUAGACCAUUAGCAUCCAAGUGUCAAAUUCAGUGGACUACGGGUUAGCUCGGCAGCUUCGCCUAUAAGUCAGAAUUAGAGAAUUUUAUACAAAGUGGCUUUUGAAAUGUCUACGUAUUUAUUUUCUAUUCAGUUUAGUGCUGUAUUUAUUUCACUGAGAGUUCCUUUUCAAAUGAAUUAAAUAUUAUUUUUAUGUGAUUUAUAUUUAGGUUUGUAAGGAUGUAGUUUAUGGUAAUAUUAAAUGAAGAUGUCUCGACGACAUACUGCAGAGUUUAUCGAAGGAGCGUUUGCCUCCGGGAGGAACAGCGAUGUGCAUCCAAUGAAUACACUCAGACAUACUUUUAAAUUGACCUAGGAAAUAUUUUAAAGGAAAUGUUUAGCUCUUAGGAUAUAAUAUAGAGCUAGAAACUUGGAAUCACGACAAUAAUUGUGUGACUGUAACUAUACGGUAGUUUUUGCCACAAACUAGAAUAGAUUGUGACGUAUCUACGGAAUGAUUAUAUUGAUGUUGUAGAUUGAUUGAAUAUUUAUGAAAAUUAACCUUUUGGAUGAAAUUGAGACGAAUAUUUUAAAUACAUACAUUAUAUUGUGGACGUAGCUAAAAGGAGAAUACAUAUACCUAUCUAUAAAUUGUAUGACGUAGGAGUUUUCAAUAUACAUUCUUACAUAGGUAUCUAUAACCACUUAUAUAUUUUAAAAAAAUUGCAUUGUUCCCUGAAAAAUAUGUGUUGUGGAAUUAACGCGACAAAAUACGAAUUUGAAUAAAUUCAGAAAGCCCUAAAUAAUAAAUUGUACACAUCAGGCUGUCUACCAACGAGGCGGAACGGUUUUGUGUCAGUGCCCCAAACAUCGACAAAUAAAAACCUAGAAUUUUCGGCCUAAAGGCCAACUAAUAAAUAAAUCUAUGUGCAUUUAGAAGUAUAAAUCAUAAAAUUAUAUACAAAUAAAUAACUAUGAUUGUAAGUUAGUGUGUAUAAGCAGAGUAUGAGCAGGUAGUCUGUUCCUAGAGAGUUGUAGACAACAAGGUUUUGUUAUUUAAUGGAAAGUAGCUCAUUACUCUGCCUGUAGAGUAUUUAAAAGUAAUUUAUUUUGGGAUUUUAAAUCCUAUUUGUGAUCUAGUAAAGAUUGUUUUGGCUUUUUGUGUAAUCUCUACGUGUUAAAAUUAAAUUAGGUAGUAAGUUAUAAAUUAGGCGAUUGUUAAGGUUUGUUUUGUUAGGCAAGUAAACGAACACGUCAUACUACACACAUUUUAAUUUCCUAAAUAUUUAAAAAUACCAAAUAACCUUCUCUCAACUAAAAAAGAAAUAAACUGACAGGGAUUAAUUAAUGAGGGAUUUAUUUUACACUUGAGGCGAACUAUCGUCUCAUCAUGAGGCUGCAUCGAAUGUCACAUGAACAAUUUUUACAUUAUCUGUGGCGUGUGCGUGUGUGUACUUUACUUGUGUUUCAAAACAAACCCUGUGUGUAUGUUUGCGUGCCAAUACAUGUGUGUAGUGUGUAGGUGAUAGUAGGUAUGUGAUCACGAUGUGAGUUACCCAGUAUUAUAUAAUUUAAUGAUAAUUUUAUAAUUAUUAGCUAAGAAGUAGGUACGAUUAUAUAAAGUUGUGUUGUAAUUUGUGAUCCUGUAUUCAUUGCAAUAAGCUUUUGUUGUUGUCGACUUAGUUGAAGGUUUUCUUGAAGAAUAAAACAUUGAUUUAGGCAAUACAUUCAUGAUAACUUGGCUAAGGCUGCGUUCAGCAUUCACAUAAUGAGAUUGUUCUAUAGAUAUUGUUACCUGUUACCUAAAUAUGGUUGACAUAAUUGAAUUUAAAAUAUUUUCCUAAAAUCUAACGAAUCUGGGUCUCAACGAAAUACUUAAUGACAAUAAACUUACAAAUUAAUAAAUAUAAAUAAAUAAUGCCUUCUCUAUCGAGAGCUUCUGGCUAUUUUUGGAAAAUACCUACAAUUUAUGAAAUUAGUAAUAAUACCUUGGCCUAUGCUUCGUUUGUAUUGCUUGCCUACUUACCGUUUUACUGUCAUUCCAAUAUUUAUGUGUUUUUAAAGUAUAGGACCUAAUCGAUGUGUUAUAAUGUUAAAUAAUACCUAAUUGUUAAAUAAAAUCUGUUGAUGGAUUAUCUA